AUGAGUUUUUACAUCGUCCCCACGAUGCUGUAUCAGCAACAGCAAAAGGUCAAGCAGAGUAAAUCCAAGAAGAAUCCAAGCCGCAGGUCGAGCAAAGGUUCUAUUUCCAUUACACCUGACACAACAUCUAGGAGUUCCAAGUCACAUUCAAGGGUUUCCUUUACGGAGCUAGAUGAACACUCAUUAGCAGAAGAGACAGAAGUUUUGAGUCAAAAUGAGUCAAUUGGAAAUCCCGUUAGAGCAGAACACAGGUCAGAGAGUUUAUCAGGUGGAAUGAUGAGUCUGCGUUCAGUUAAAAGUAUACUCGACGAAAGCUCCGCGAAAUCUGCACACCCAGGCUCUGAAUACGAGAAUCUGCUCGUCCAUCCUCUAAAUCCCUCAAAAACUGUUUACGAUUUUGUGCCUUUUUUCGAUCUUGAGCUACUUAAUAGUGAGGAAGGCUUGACAGGAGUAUUCUAUAAGCCAAAAUUCUUGAGUCUGCGAUUUCAAGCCUUUUUAGAGAGUUUAAGUGAUCAUCAAGUGAGUGAUCCCAUUAAUUUCGCGACCAUAAGGUUUCAUUCAUUACGAAAGUUCAUCAAUCGUCACAAACCUUCCCUAACAGAAAGCUUCGACGACGAAUCACUAGAAAACAGUGACCAGCACCAUCAUGAAGCACUUAUAUCUUUUGAACUACUCCGAUGCCGUGAUUUCCUAAGGAAGAUUAUCAUUCAGGAGUUUGGUAGAGAAGAUUGGUAUCCUAGUGAAGAAAUUAUCCAAAGCAACGUCACAAACUACAUCCGUUACCUCUUGAUAUUACCCCAGGCAACUGAGAAUGAGAUUGUGUCAUUUGACGAAAAUUUGAAACAGCACUAUCGCUUUAAACGAUUCUUCUCAGCUAUGGCCAUAAAAUUGAAUUCUUCCAGAAAGGGUGAAUUCAUGAAUGAAAUGUCUGUUGCAGAUCAAAGUCAACAAGCGCUAAUCACUGCAGCUAUAAAGAUCACAAAUGAAUUCAAUCUUUUGGAAUGCUACUUGUUUCACAUCAUGGUAAAAUUGACGAACGGAUUUUUAAUCGACUACCGACUCACAAAAUACCUCUACGGGUUGCACAAGCUCAACAUCAAACUUGAGAAAAAAGAAUCAUUGAAAGUUCUUAUAUUUAAUCGAAAGUACAGUCGGCAGUACUCUUGGUUCUUAGCGGUAACCCUCCCAUUUUUGAGAAUUAUCGAAACAAAUGUUUGCUGUGACCAAUACUUAGCAGAUGAAGGAGCUCUAAACCCCUCUAUUCUUCCUGAAAAAUAUCAAGAAAGCUCUAAAUAUUUGAAAUCUAGUGAUGAAAAGCUCUGGAGAGAGUUUUUUAGCAAAUUGAAUCUUGGAACCUUCGAAGAGUUUGUUAACAAGACUAGCAAAGAUUUAGCUUCCCUUCAGACUGAGGAUGCGGCCUCUAAUCAACCAAAGAUGUCUCAAUCAGAGCAUAACAGACCAAUUCUUAAGCCAUGCAAUUUCGAAUACUACACAAAACCGCUUACUUUCUUAGCUUCUGAAUCAUUUCAUGUUAUCCAAAGCAGAGAUCUCAGUUACCAGUUGACUACUCACAACUAUAAAGUGGUUCUCCGUCAAUUACAUCGCCUACUUAAAAUUGGUGGUAUCUUAGAGCUACCAUUGUUCCGCUCUGGUGAUGCCUCAAAUGGUUCAAUUCCUCAAGGAUCUGUCACAACAUUUCCUAACCCGUCUACUUUUAUGGGCUUAGAAAUAAAGGACAACUUAAGUCUCAUACCACAAUUUCUCGAAGUGUUGCUUCAAGAGCUCAGCACUUUAUUUGGACCUAAGAAUAUCAAGUUCUCCUCUUCUAUGCUCAGUAACCAUCAAAAUGUGAACAAUUUUUUAAUUCAUUGGACAGCUUUGUCUGUUUAUGAGAUGUUUGGCCAGAUUGAUAAGCUAUGUGAGCAAUUCAACAAAUUUGAAGAGGAACAUAAGGUUUGUUGCCACUACUACUUUUAUAUUCAAGCUGAAAAAGUCUAG